CUUCCCCUCCCUCUCCUCUCCUCUCCCCCCUUGCCCCCCAUCCACCUCAUCAAGUCUCGUCCUCUUUCCCCGCAGCGUUAUAGCUGGCAGCGCGUUAUCCAAGUACUUGGGCCCACGCGCCUUGGCUGCUGAGGCUCGAUGCCAGCUCGGCCAGACAAGGCAGUCACUUGCUACCAUGCAUCGACGAGAGAUCUUGGGUAGAUUUGGGCUCAAAAAGAGGAGCGAUGCCGCACGGUCGAUUUCAUCCAAAGUGCCCCAUGCCAGCAUUUCAGACGGACGGCACCAGCCUCAUCCAGAAGGAGAACCAGAGGCAAACCUGCAUUAAGUAGGAGUAGUAGUCGAACCCUCGUCAGGUCGUGCUGUAGUCCGGUCCUCUUUACCUUGGCUUGCCUCUGCUUAAUUUGGAGCCCAUCCCCAUCCCCAUCUCCAUCCCUAUCCAUACCCCAACCCAUACCUAUCCCAUAUCCGACGUCCUUGUCCCCCCGAACCCCACGAUCUCCAUUUCCCUCUUCCCUCUCCAUCCUGGAUCAUCGCACCAGCAGCAAGUUCGGGCAGCACCAACAGCCGAGUUGAUAUACUCUAGUGCCAGAGCCGUGAGAUAUAGUUUUGUCAGUAGCGCUGACCUGACUCCGGGCCUAGGGCUCCAUCCAAGUUCAACUGCGACUCGGAAUCAGAGCGCGGCACAGCCGUGGUUCGUGCCACCAGCCCUUCUCCCGCAGGAACAGGAAAGGAACUCUCUUACUGCCUGCCAGGAGCCCAAGCAAAACCCAGCAGAUACCUUACCUAGGAACAAGCCCAGGCCCCUGCCGACGCCGACCUACCUUACAUACUACAUACUACAUACCUCACUACAUCUUCCGACACCCCGUUUCCCCCCUUCCCCCCUAUCACCUAUCCCCCUUAUCCAUAUUCCCGGACCUGCUGCCGACGCUGUUUCGUGCAUCAUCCGCUCCGCAAGGCCCCUUGCCCUUCCUCCGACGGCGCCGCUUCCGAUCGCACUAGGAGCACCGUUCGCCUUCCUCGACUGAGCUCGCGUCUACCAGAUCGCCCGUUGCACCUUUGCUACCCGAUGGCGGGGCGCCUGAGAGCCGUCUCUACUCCCAUCUGAGCCCCCUUCCCUUCCGGACCCCUUCUCCACCAUGACGCGACCCAAGGUUCCCGACGACAAGCGCCAGCGUACUGCUCAGGCCUGUGACUCUUGCAAACGCCGGAAGCAAAAGUGCAAUGGCGUGAAACCUUGCCAGACCUGCCUCAGAAGAAAACUCACCUGCUCGUACACGCCCAACAACGCUUCGGAUUAUGGACCGGGUGAGUCUGCUGGGUCACCGACGAAGCGGCGACACAUUGAGACGUCGCCUCCCUCCAUCUCCGCCACACUCGAGAAGGCCAACAACAGCUCGCCCCAGGCCCGCGAGGUGAUGCAGUCUUGGGAUGAGGCGCGGGCCGCCCAGCCAAGCCAGGCCUCGAUAGGCGGAUCAGCACUAUCGUCGCCGACAGCACCGUUACCGCCGCCUCUAGCAGGCCGAGGGCAUGUGAAGAAGGUCUCGAUUCACGGGACGAAGAAGCUGCCAAGCCGCAGCAACACGGGCAACACCAGCGGCUACGCUGAGGAGACCAACAUAUACACCGAGACGAGAAUGUUGCAAGACCAGUCAAGACGGCUUCUCUACAUUGGAGAUGCCUCGACACUAUCCAUCCUGCAGCUGAUCCGGAUUAUUGUCGAAAGCACAUCGGGGACAGAGAUGGGGUCUCCUUUUAUCGACGAUCCUAAGAGGCAUCGCAUUCAGGAAACCAUCAUUGACUUUCCUGAGAACACACGGGUACCGACCCUGUUGCCGGACCAGGAAACAACCCAUGUUCUCAUAGCUUCCUAUUUUACAAAUACCUGCGGGAUCGUGGAGGUGUUUGACAGAAAACAGUUUAUGCAGUCGGUGGAGGCUUGCUAUCGGGACCCCCCAUCGGCCAACAACUAUUUCUUGUGUCACCUCUUCUUGGUGCUGGCUCUUGGUCUCCUCUUUGCUGCGCCUACCCCAGGUAGCCGGGAAGAGCAUGUCAUCAACAAGCAGCUUUCUGCAAGGCCAGACAGGGCAGAGUUGUACUUUAGGAGCGCUCGAACGAUGUGUGAUCCCGGUGCUGGGUUUGAGGACGCUGACUUUUGGUCGGUUCAGGCGCUGUCGUUGAUGACGCUCUACAUGUUGACUAUCCCCAAGAGGAACACGGCGUAUGCUUAUCUCGGGAUGGCUGUUCGGUCAGCGUAUGCUUUGGGCCUGCAUAGAGAGGAGACGUUGAGGGAUGUGAUCUUUACGCCGGGAGAGAUGAAAGUCAGGCGGAACUUGUGGAAGACACUGUUCAUCUUGGAUCGAUUCUUGGCGGCAACCUUGGGCAGGCCCACCGCCAUCUCGGGCCACGACUGCUCGAUGAAUAUCUUCUCGGAUGAUGAUGCCGUCAACUCUAUGGAGAUCACUGGGGAGUUUGACCCGGUUCACGCCAAGAGCUUGCAUGCUUGUGUCGAGACCUGUCGGAUUAUUGGCGACACGUUGAGGGUCUUUUCCUCGCGCAAGAUUUCCACCACGAAGGUGCAGGAGAUCCUCAACGACAUGUCUAUGGACUGGGAAGAUGAUUUACAAGCUGCCCUGCAACGCCGUCUAUCAAACGCCGGUCCUGCUCGAAGCCCGGCGCAUGGCAUGGCAUCCUUACAUGUCAACCUUCUGGCACUCCAUUCACUGAUCCUUCUUACCAGGCAGCUCUUUGUUAUGCACAACUGGAUGCUUGUCGAGCAGCGGUCUGGGAAGAAGAAGCCCUCACCAAUUCACGAGUCGCCCAUGGCGAGGUUCUCAGAGGCCUGCGUCCUGGCUUCCUACCAAACGAUUCAGCUUGUCCAGCAAGCUCGAGAAGAACAACAGCUCCCUCGAAGGAACCCUUUUGUCAUAUACUUUGUCUUCGCCGCCAGCCUCGUCAUCUUGAUGAACCAAUUCUCGUGCCUCUACUACACAAACGCCUACGACAAAACCAUCCGCGACGCAGUCGAUUUCAUGGAAUACUGCACCAAACUCGACCCCCAGGCCGAGCGUGUCCUCGACAUCAUCACCCGCUUCGCAAAAGUAGUAGACAAAUGGACAAAAAAAAACAAAUACGACGCCCCCCCCUUAUCCGAAGACCUCUCCUUCCUCUACAGCCACCCGUCCAGUCCCCAACCCGAGCCUGCCAAUACCCUGUCGGGAGGACCAGUAGUGGCAAGUCCCCUCCAGGAAACCACCACCCACCCCGACCCAUCCCAUCCCAGUUAUGCCCCCCAACACCACCGCUUCAGCGACCCCGGCCUGUUGACUCCCCCCCAAAUAACCUCCUCCAAAAUGCCUUUGUCUGACAUCCUCGCCCCCACAACCCAACAGGACACCCGCAUGAACGGCAUGUCACCCCUCCUCCCACAACAACAACAACAACAACAACCGCCACCACCCCAACAACAAACCCAAAACGACUCCCCUGGUUAUAACAGAGAGAUCGAAUUCGACUUUGACAACCUCUGGAACAACUGGCUCAACCUCCCCCAACCAGCCAUCGUCCCUCCCACUCCCACGGCGGGCAUAUCACCCCUCACCGGGCCACCGCAGUUCUCCCCCGUUGCGGCGGCAGCCCAGCCAGAGCCUUUUCCCGGUGCGUACACCACCACUCCUGUUGUUGUUCAUCACUCUCCCCCUGGGGUUCCCGUCUCGGUUGUCGCUGGGGGACAACCAGCGAUCGGGCAUGCGGGGAUGGGGCAUCAUCAUCAUCAGCACCAUCAUCAUGGGAAUAACAUACCGUUGUAUCACUCCUCCAGUACAUUUGGCUGA